AACAGAAAACACCCUCGAGUCGCCUUUCCUUUUCAAUCCGCACCCCGCAUCACUCCCUCGCUCCACUCCUCUCCUCACCUCCGGCGAUGGCCGGCCGCCUCGCCGGCGCCGGCGCUUCCUCGCCCCUCCCCCGCGCGCUCCUCCUCCUCGCCGCGGUAGCCCUCUUCUCCAUAUCCUUCCUCUCCCUCCGCUCGCUCCGCCCCGCCGCGGCCCCCUCCCUCCCCCUAGAUGAACCCCGCCGUCUCCGUUUCUCCUCCCCUCUGCCGGCGUCGCGCCCCUCGGUCUACCACUCGCCCGAGGCGUUCGCGGCGGGGUACGCGGAGAUGGAGCGGAGCUUCAAGGUCUACAUCUACCCGGACGGCGACCCCAAGACCUUCUACCAGACGCCCCGGAAGCUCACGGGCAAGUACGCCAGCGAGGGAUACUUCUUCCAGAACAUCCGGGAGAGCCGCUUUCGUACCGAAGACCCCGACAAGGCCGACCUCUUCUUCGUCCCCAUCUCGCCCCACAAGAUGCGCGGCAAGGGUACUUCAUAUGAAAAUAUGACAAUGAUAGUUAAGGAUUAUGUUGAAGGCUUGAUAAGCAAGUACCCUUACUGGAACCGCACACUAGGAGCGGACCACUUCUUUGUCGCAUGCCAUGAUGUAGGCGUGAGGGCGUUCGAAGGACUUCCGUUCAUGGUGAAGAACUCUAUUAGAGCUGUCUGCUCGCCAAGCUAUAAUGUUGACUUUAUCCCUCAUAAGGAUGUUGCUCUGCCUCAAGUAUUACAGCCAUUUGCUCUACCUGAAGGAGGGAAUGACAUUGAAAACAGGACAAAUCUUGGAUUUUGGGCUGGUCAUCGCAACUCGAAAAUACGAGUUAUUUUGGCACGAGUCUGGGAGAAUGAUACAGAACUUGCUAUUAGCAAUAAUCGGAUUAAUAGAGCUAUUGGCGAGCUAGUUUAUCAGAAGCAGUUCUACCGUACUAAGUUCUGUAUCUGCCCUGGUGGCUCUCAAGUUAAUAGUGCUCGUAUAUCUGAUUCAAUACAUUAUGGCUGUGUCCCUGUUAUUUUGUCGGACUACUAUGAUUUGCCUUUCAAUGAUGUUCUUGACUGGAGAAAGUUCGCGGUUGUACUUAAGGAGCGCGACGUAUAUGAACUAAAGAGUAUCCUGAAAUCUAUAUCACAGCAAGAAUUUGUUGCAUUGCACAAAUCUUUAGUUCAGGUUCAGAAACACUUUGUAUGGCACUCACCUCCUGUUCCUUAUGAUGCAUUCCACAUGGUUAUGUAUGAGCUGUGGCUGCGGCAUCAUGUGAUCAAGUACUAACUCAAGGCUUCACGCUCAAUAUUUGCAACAUAAUGGCGUGAUCCAUCAGAAUGAUGUUAUAGGUCUACCUGCUUGUGAUAUACCAAGUGCGGCCCCUGUUCUUCGCUCUUGUAGUUAGUAGCUGGAUGGGUCAUUGGUGCAGCGGAAAACAUCUACAUAGAAAUGUUGGCAAUCGACGAUAUCGCUCAAAUGGUGUUGUAGUUAUUAGAUUCAUUAGCCAUUCUUCGAUUAGCUGGUUCCCCUCAUAUUCGAGUCCUUUCUGUGGCAUUGCUUUUGUAGUUUGCUUUGCUAUAUACUGAUCUGCCUGAGUAAUCGCUUAUGCUUAUACAAAUUUUGCACCUACUCUUGUAAAGUAAUGUACGCUGUUACUGAUGAGAUAGUAAGCAUCCAAAGAUAUAUUAGAUUGACAUAAUCA